AUAUUUCAGCAAAAUUUGACGCUUACGAUUUUGACCAGAACCGGCCAGUGAUGGACGAGAAGACCCUAGAUAACGUGGUGAACGCUGUAGUGCAGCAGAGUCUGAAAGUUUUGGGGGAAAGAAAAAUUCCCGACAACGAUGCUAAACUCUCCUCCGCCGGCGUAGAAAAAUCUUUAUCGGUGACAUCAUCACCUCGUAGGAGGUCGCCACCGGAAAAGUCGGACAAAAGUCCAGUGGUAGAACCGCAGGCCCAGGAGGAGAAGUCAGUAAAAACUCCAGUGACAGAGCCGCCGCAGCAGAAAGAGAAGGCUGUCAAAAGUCCAGAGCCGCCGCAGCAGAAAGAGAAGGCUGUCAAAAGUCCGGUGCCCCCGCAGCGGAAGGAGAAGGCUGUCAAAAGUCCGGUGCCGGCGCAACAGAAACAGCAGAAGUCAGUCAAAAGUCCAGCGUUAGCUGAGACCCCUGCAAAGAAGAAUUCGGAGCUUGAGAAGGAUACAGUGGUGAGAAGGAUUUUUGGUGAUGAUUUUAAUGAAAUUGAUUUCAUCAGUGUUUCUCCUGCAAAGAUUACUAAGGAUGCUAAGGAUGGUAAGGAUGCCAACGUUCCAGCCUAUGGACGCGGCUUACGGGGCAAGGCCAAGCGUACUGUUACUGUAAAGGAUGAGGCUAUCGAGGAUAAGAAAAAAGCACAGCGGGCAGAGGCUGCGUUGAAGAGGAAGGAGAAGCAAGAGGCUAAGAAAAAAGAGAACGAGGAGAAGAAACAGAAGAGAAAAGCGGCUGAGUUACAAAAGAAACAAGAGGCUGGGUUACAGAAGAAAAAGAAGGAAGACGAGGCUGAGUUACCGAAAAAAAAGAAGGAAAAAGAGGCUGAGUUACCGAAGAAGAAGAAAGAAGAAGAGGCUGAGUUACAGCGGUCUGCGGAAUGUGUUGUGACCAACGACGAAGUUCUUGCGGAAGAUAACGCAUUGGCGGCGGAGUCUGAUGUCGAGCCAGCUGAAUUGAUUAGAUCUUCCGUGAUAAAGGAACUUCGGGAGAAAUCAGUUAAGUUAUCUCCACAAGGGUUUUCAUUGACGAACCUUGAUUCAGCACCAGAUUUUCCGUACAUUGGAGACAAUGGACAGACGACUUGCAUGAGGAAGAACAUUACGCCUUCAUCAGUAAUAUACGACCCUUGCGCACCUGUUGAUCCGGCGCGACUGGAAAAACUGAAGCAACACAUUAAGGCAAUUCCACCCAAACCACCAGCACCUAAAGAUAAACCAGAAGAACCCUCAGCUGAUCAUGAGAGUGACUUCUACAGCAUACUCAUGCAUGAAAGACCGUGGCCUGACAAAGAAUAUGGAUGGGUGUUUGAUAAUCAUAUCGCUGCGUAUAUGAACGUCCUCAUACAAAGGUCCAUGCGAGAUCCCACUCCAUUCUGGUCCAAGCGGAUUGGUUUCAUAGACCCUUGGUUGUUAAGUUCUUGGGCUUCCCUCGAUUACAGGCAGUUCAGGAUGAAACCUGCUUCGUUCAAGUUCAAAGACUGUGGUUAUGAAGCGUUGGUAAACGGGAGAUUCCCCGAAGAAUUUACAACAAACUUGAAGUGGUAUGCAGAUGUGGAUCACGUGUACGGAUGUCUUCAAACCGGCGGUAAUCACUGGGUGGCGUUUCACGUGGAUCUGAUCAAGGAGAAGAUAGAUUGCUACGAUCCAAUCUAUGGAGAGUCAACACCCGAAAGUGAGCAAAAAAUGCUAAAUGCUUUUAGACCUCUACUGGAGAUGCUUCCCUGGAUGUUGAAUGAGCUUAUUCCUGCCGAUCUCCGAAAGCAUUCUAGGAAGAGGUUCGCAUUCAGACGGAGGAGCAAAAGAUACAUUCCACAAAACAACAUGUCAGGUGAUUGUGGGGUUUAUUCGUUGAAGUUUGUGGAGUGUCUAGCGCUUGGUGUAACUUUUGAUGGCAUAAACGAUAGUAAUAUUCAAGGGUUACGGGUGAAGAUGGCAGCAGAUAUCCUCGAGGAAGGAGGAAAUGUUGGAAUGAACAAUUUGUUUUCAUAAUGAAACUGUGUUUGUUUGUGAACCUGUGUUUGUUGUUAUGUUAACUAUUUGACUUUGGAUAACUGCUGUAAUAACUCAGUCGUAUCGAUUAGUAAUACUCAGCCAGUACUCAUUGAUAACUCAGUCAUACCUCAAACAUACCCUAGAAUCAAAAUAAUUAAUAAUUUUUCAUUCGAAUGUUAUAUAUAAAGUCCAAUUAUCAAAAUAAUUAAUAAUAACUCAAUGUGUGAGCAUGAUCUUUGUUGACUAUACGAGUUUGGAAUCGAUUAUAAUCUUGAGGUAUAUGUUGUCUCUUACGAGUACCUAAAACUCUAGGCAGUGAUAUGAGGUGUGAGCAUGAUUCAAAACACGUAAACUGUUAUUGUGUUAUUUAUUAUGAAUUUGUGAUAUUUAUCAUAUCUUGUGGUUCGUACAUCAUAAAUCAUAACCCUAAACAAUCUUAUUCGGAACCCAAACCCUAAAUAACUAAACCCUAUACCCUAAACGGCAAACAACAAAUCAGCCGUAAAGGUCUUAAUAACUCAGCCUGUUAGUGUAAGUUAAUAUUUACAUAUGGCGCGAAAAUUUUAGAUAUUUUAUCUCGCGACCUUUAAUGUUCUAUACUUCCCCUAUAUAUAGCCCCCUUCUCUUGCACCUUCUCGCCUUAUCUCACUAGAAAACCUAAACAAUAUCUCUAUAUCGCCUUACAAAGUUAUGAUUGUUCCUGGUUAUUCAGAAAGGUUAGAGAACAGAGUCAAUGAGAUACUAAACUCUGAAAAUCGUGAAAACCUUCCCGUUCUAUACCCUGGCCCGGGUGUCUUGCUUGACAGCGUAAUCUGGUUUAAAUUUCUAAGCGAUCUCUCCCUGGCCAUCCCGUCGAUUUUAGCAGAAGGAUGGGUUCAUGAUUGGCCGACAUGGCGCGCCAUUCCCGAUCAUUUUAAGGAACGCUGAUUUCUUCAACUCGCUGUAAGGACAACAUCUUUGAAUUGUUUUUGAUAUUAGACAUAAUAACAGCACUUACAUUUGGAAAUUGUUUUUUUGUUGUAGCGCAAACGCACAUGGGCACGAAGAUAUAAUUUUCAAGUUUGGACAAAUUUUAAUCUGGUGGCCAGAACGGUGUUUCGUUGUCAGAUGCGCCUCUUGAAGAAGAGGUGGGCACAUGGGGGUGAGAAGCCUGCGUGGAUGCUAACUAGAGUUUGGCGUGAUCUUGUCCACAUGUUUGAAGAAUUUGGUCCUGAUAAUUUUGGUUUUAGAAAUUGAUUUGUUGUUUUUGUUUAUAUUCAGCCGUCAAGUUUUUGUAAAGUUGUUUAACUCAGCCGUUAAGUUUCUAUAAAGUUGUUUAACUCAGCCAUUAAGUUUCUAUUAAGUUGUUUAACUCAGCCGUUUAGUUUCUAUAAAGUUGUUUAACUCAGCCGUUAAGGUUUUAUAAAGUCAAACGUCAGUGUUUCAGUUAAGUAACUCAGCCGUAAUACGAAUUAAGAUACUAAUAACUCAGCCUUAUAGUGUAAAAAUACAAAGCCAUAGUUAACGCUAUUUUCAAUGUAUUAUUAUGGCCGCCAUUACUUAAUCGAGACCAGUAUUAGAGUCUUUUAUUCUCUUAUUAUUAUACGUGCGAGAAGUUCCAUCGUCAUUGAGAAUAUCGAGACUCAUUAUUAUGGCCGUCAUUACAUUAUCGAGACUACUAUUAUUAGAGACCUUUAUUCUCUUAUUAUUAUGUGCAUGACAAAUUUUGUUUGCAUUGAGAAUAUCGAGACUCAUUAUUAUACGGCUGGCACGCAUGUAUCGGAUUAUUUACAUAAUCGAGGUAUUGUUAUUUUUAAUGUAACUCAGUCAAUACGUCUACGUUAACUCAGCCAAAAUAUAGACGCUAACACAGCCGUAAUACGAAUUCAACUUAAGUGUUUGAUAAAAUAAUAAAGAACCUUUCGUAUUUCUUGAUUUGAUUGAGUAUUCGUCAUAAUUAAAGUGCAUCACGUGUGUGGAAAAAUACGGCUCAAACCUAAUAUCGAGGCAUUUAAUAGUUUAUUAAUUUAAAUUAUUCCUCUUUAUUUGAAUUUUUUUAAAAAAUGAUUUUAUAUUACUACCACUAUUGUUUUAACUUUGUCUUUCACACCAAUUUCUCUUUCAUUCAAAGAAAAUGUCUUCUUCAUCAUCUGUGUCUGGUAACACUUACUUUCACCGCCGGCAUGUGGAAAGAGGAACGCCGAAACAGUGUUGGUGUGGUGAACCCGCUGAAUUAUGUACAUCUGCAUCACGGGCUAAUCCAGGAAGACUGUACUAUUGCUGUCGCAAAGGAUAUAUUAAGGUUUGAUUUUUAAUUUUAUUCAUUAUACUGUCAAUGUGAUACUAAGAGCUGGGCAUGUUGGUGAAAUCAGAGACAUUUAUUCAAAUGGGCGGACGAGUGCUUGGUGGAAGAGGUAGAAGAUAUGAAAUCGGUGAUGAGUGACAUGACCAAAGGCAUAUCAGAUCUGAGAGUAGACGUUGGUCGGUUGGAGAAAGAACUCGGUAAAGCGGAAAAGAUGAAGUGUUUGAUGUUUCCAGUGGUGGUUUGUGGGUUUGGUAUGGCCAUAUUUUGGCACUAUUUCUUUGCGUAGUCAUGUGUUGUAAUCAUAAUUUAGACGCAAUGUUUUUAGUAACUCAGCUAUUACGUUCAAUGCAACUCAGCCAGUACGUUAAUUAAUUCAUAAUCAAACAAUAACCCAGCCAUAAUACGAGUAUUCGUCAGUCAUAACGUUUUAAUAACUCAGUUAUAACGUUCACUGCAAUUCAGCCGUUACGUUAAUUAAGUCACUAUCAAACAAUAACCCAGCCAUAAUAUGAGUAUUCGUCAGUCAUAAUGUUUUAAUAACUCAGUUAUAACGUUCACUGCAUCUCAGCCGUUACGUUAAUUAAGUCAUAAUCAAACAAUAACCCAGCCAUUAUAUGAGUAUUCGUCAGUCAUAAUAAGAUAGUAACUCAGCUAUAACGUUCAGUGGAAGUCAGUCAUAAUCAAACAAUAACAUAAACAAUAACUCAACCAUAAUAUGAAUAUUAGUCAGCCAUAAAAAGAGACAUACAUAAAUUUCUGGUUCGACAUACAUAAGUUUAGGUUCAAAAUCACUCUUCCCUUUCCGGACAUACACACAUUAGUGGAGUAGUUUUCCCAUCUCCAACCACAUUGAACACAAAUAAGUCUCCUAUGGCGCAUCUGUUAGCACGACAGAACUUUCUCCAGCCUCUUCUGAUGUAAUACAUGCCGUCUGCUUCGCUAAAUCGCAAACUCACAGUCCAUGAAUUUCCCUCUUUGUUGACAAGUAUUAUCUCUUGGCAUUGUUUGUUCAAAGCAGUACAAGUCGUAGCUCCCUCAGGAAGAUACUGCAAACACAGAACGUAAAGACACAGAACAGAUCAAACCAUAUGUUAAUAACUAACUAAAUACUGCAAACACAGAACGUAAAGACACUGAACAGAUCAAACCAUAUGUUAAUAACUAACUAAAUAUGGUCUAUAACUGAAAAUCGACUCACAAGUUUGUCUUCUUUUAGAUUCGAAGCAGUGACCUCAGCCUGAAAACAAUAGUCAAAUGAGAAAGAAGGAGCAUCAUCCGCAUCGGCUUCUUCCUUGAUGAUGUGAGGAUGUGUAUACUGAAUCUCACAACAGCUAGGACCAAAUGGUGUGACAUGAAACACCAUAUCUCCUUCGUGUUUGAAGAUGACAAUGUCACCGAUUUGAAGGUCAUGUGCUGUGGUGAAAUCUUUCCAACCUCCGGUGAGUCUCCUGCCUUCUUGUAUCACUUCCCAAGUUUGAUCUGUAGCGUCCGAUCUUAGUUUCCAUGUUUUCCGGUUUGUCUUCCCUUCUAUGUGCUGUGAGAAGAAGCCAAGUGGUAUUGUCUGCAGGUCAGAAAAGCCAAAGUUAAGCAAACUCUAAAAUAGGAACAUAUACACAUGAGAAAUAGAGAGUGUGUGUCUACCACGCCACUGUGGAAAUCGGGAAGCAGAGGCUUCAAGAAAUGAGGUUUGUGCGAAUUAGGCAUCUGCAAACAAGAAAAGAAUGGGAAGAAAACAUCAUCGAACCUAAGCUGAAUCCACAAAUCUGCAAAAGAGAGGCUUCGGUUUUACCUUCGUAUCGAGACGCUUCGAAAUCGCCUGUCGUCGAGAGCUUUUCUUUUUUUUUUCGCGUUGGGACGAAAAUGAUUUCUUUUUUUUUUUGUGUAAAGUAAAUAAUGCCGGAAAAUAUAACUCAGCCGUAACAUUGUUAAUAAUUAAUAAUGCCGAAGAAUAAAACUCAGCCGUAACAUUGUUAAUAAUUAAUAAUACCGAAAACUAAACCUCAGUCGUAAAAUUGUUAAUAUUUAAUGAUGUCGAAAAAUAAAAGUUGGCCAAAAGAGUCAUACAUAAUUUAACUCAGUGUCGAGUUAUGUCCUGACACGCAUGUCCGAGUAAUUUACGAUAUCGAGGUCAUUAUAUGUUUAUUUUAUUUGGACACGCGUGAUCUUUAUAUUUAAUAUGAUUUCCCUAUUAUAUUUCCAAUAUUUACAAGUAAAAGAUAAAGGAAAAACCAGAGUCGACUUCUAAAACCUAAAGUAAGUCUCUUUCGUCCAAAAUCGAUUUUGAAUUAUUUUUUGUAUUUUGGCCUUGUUCGAUUUUGCAUUAUUUUUUGUGUGCUAUGAUGUAUAAAUUAGAUGGAUCUACAGCGUGGAAUUCCAAGGACGUGCGACUGUGGAGCUGCUACCAUUGUGUUAACGUCAGGUACAAUAAAGAAUCCGGGUAGAAGAUUUUAUCGAUGUGGAGCAAAUUCGGGUCAAAACCAUGUUUUCAAAUGGCUUGAUGAAGCACAUGAUGAAGAGUUUGUAGUUGUGGCAAACAAACUCGCGACGAUAGAGCAGGAUUUGGCCGCUAUAAAAGCAGAAUUAGAUGAUAUGAAGAAAGACAUAACUGAGAUCAUAAAAAUUAUUGAAUGUCUUAGGAUGAAGUCUUAAAUGUAUUAGUUGCUACUACUACUUCUUUGUUUACUCAGAUUCUGUACUCAUAAGUCAGUCUAUGUUUAUGUAACUCGGAUUUAACUCAGCCGUUGUUAAUUUCUUCCGAAACAACAACUCAGCCGUAACAUGUAAUAAUAUCAGUCUUAACGUUUAGGUGAACAAUCAAAAAACAGUCAUAAGAUGAAUAAAUGAGAAUAACUCAGCCGUAAGAUGAAAAUAACUCAGCCGUAAGAUGAAAAUAAGUCAGCCAUAAGAUGAAAAUAACUCAGCCAUAAGAUGAAAAUAAGUCAGCCAUUAGAUGAAAAUAACUCAGCCAUAAGAUGAAAAUAAGUCAGCCAUAAAAACAGAAUAUAUAAUUUUUUGUUCGACAUACAUAAUGGCAUAGCAAAAAACAUAAAAAAGAUAAGAUUCUGAUGCAGAGACAUCUUCACCACUUACUUGUGUCC